AUGGCUAAAUUAGUGCAUAAUGUUCAGAAAAAGCAGCAUAGGGAGCGUUCCCAAACCCUGGAUAGAGCAAAAUACGGGCUUCUAGAAAAGAAGAAGGAUUACAGGUUGAGAGCAGCUGACUACCACAAGAAACAAGCUGCCCUUAAGGCUCUCAGGCAAAAAGCUGCCCAGUAUAAUCCAGAUGAAUACUACCAUGCCAUGACAAGGAAAAGAACCGACGAAGAUGGUAUUCUAAUCACUGACAGAGGCAACGAGGCACUCUCCACAGAACAAGUUAAGCUAUACAAGUCUCAGGACGUCAACUAUGUCAGAACGAUGAGGUUGAAUGAACUUCAGAAGAUUGAGAAGUUGAAAAACAAGCUUGGCUUCAAGGCGGGAGGAAAGCAUACAGUCUUUGUCGACAACGAAAACGAUGCAGAGCUGUUUAAGGCCGAGGAGUUCUUCAACACUGAUGAGAGCAUGCUUGAUAGAAAAGAGAACCGACUUCGCAUAGACCAAUUGGAAACGAGUCAAAAAGUUGUGAAAGACAUAGAUUUUGAGGAUAAAGAGAAGGUCGAUAAACAAAAGCUCGCAGAUUUCAAGCUCUUGAAGGAGAGAAUGGAGAGAGAGAAGCAGCUCAGGGAGGUCGAGGACAGACUAGAAACCACAAAGGAAUUAAUGAAGAACGGAAGCAAGAAGAAGAUGUAUGAUGACGACGGCAACGUGCAUUUCAAGUGGACGAACGAAAGAAAGCGCUAG